AUGGACGCAGUCCCAGAUCGGGGCCGGUCCACCUCACCAACUUCGCGAACUCCGAACCAUACUCCGAGGCUCGGUCCGAGCCGCCUCUCCAGCUCCCGCAUCAGAUCAUCCCAAUCAUCAUCUUCUUCUUCUUCUUCAUCGUGCUUAUGGCUAUGGUGUCGAAGAAAACGAACGAAAGUGCUUUUGGCACUUAUUGCGCUAUUUGCUUUGUUUUUCUUUGUGAAUUAUAUCAUGCUUCUCCGCCUUCAACAUCAGCAAGAUCGACCCCGUAGUAAUCCUAAGCCAACUCCUCGUUCGUCUCUUUCGCUUUCCCUUCAGGGAAAAUGGAACAAGAAUAGUACUAGUAAAAAAACCCUAAAGGGAAAUUAUGCAAGGAUGUUGGCAUUGGCUGCCCAUGCCUUGGCAGAGAAUAAACGCGAGCCAAAAGAUUUGUGGCAGGAACCCUUGGUCCCUGCUUCUUCUUGGACACCAUGUUCUGAUCAGCGAAAUUGGGAACCGAGUGAAGGAAAUAAUGGAUACAUUUUGGUUACUGCAAAUGGUGGGAUCAAUCAACAGCGGGUAGCUGUUUGUAAUGCUGUCGUUGUGGCCCGGUUACUCAAUUCAACUUUGGUUGUCCCAAAAUUUAUGUACAGUAGUGUAUGGAAAGAUACAAGUCAAUUCAGAGACAUCUAUCAGGAGGAGCAUUUUAUUAACUACUUGGCUCCUGAUAUUCGGAUAGUGAGGGACCUACCGAAGAAACUACAGUCUUUGGACUUGGAGGCAAUCAGCAGUGUUGUUACAGAUGUUGACAUGGGGAAGGAGGCCAAGCCAAGCUUUUACUUGAAACAUAUCCUACCUAUUAUACUAAAAAAUCAAGUUGUUCACUUUAUUGGAUUUGGGAAUCGCUUGGCAUUUGAUCCAAUACCAUUUGAGCUGCAGAGACUUCGUUGCAGAUGUAAUUUUCACGCCCUGCAAUUUGUUCCCAGAAUACAAGAAACCGGUGCUUUGCUUCUUAAGAGGUUGCGCGGGCAUGCAGGCCUUAUUGGACCAUUGGAUCGGCAUUUUGUUGGUCCAUUUGGAGAAUUAAAUAUGACAAGUGAAAAAAAUUCCAAAAAAGCUUCCAAAUAUCUAGCUUUACAUCUCAGAUUUGAAAUUGACAUGGUAGCUCAUUCUUUAUGUGAAUUUGGGGGAGGUGAAGAAGAGAGGGAAGAAUUGGAAGCAUAUCGGGAAAUCCAUUUUCCUGCUCUGGCUCUGAUGAUAAAGACUACAAAAUUACCUUCUCCUUCAGAGCUCAGGUCUGAAGGGCUUUGUCCACUGACACCUGAAGAAUCCAUUCUUAUGCUUGCUGCUCUUGGUUUUAACCGCAAGACAAACUUAUUUGUAGCUGGUUCUAAUUUGUAUGGAGGUGGCUCACGGUUGGCUGCUUUGACCAGCCUGUACCCUAAAUUAGUCACCAAAGAGAACUUGCUAUCUUCAGCAGAACUCAAACCAUUUGCUAAUUAUUCAUCUCAGUUAGCAGCACUGGACUUCAUAGGCUGUGCUGCCUCGGAUGCAUUUGCCAUGACUGAUUCAGGAAGUCAGCUAUCAUCUUUGGUGUCUGGGUAUCGAAUAUAUUACGGUGGAGGAAGAAUGCCAACAAUACGUCCAAAUAAACGCAGGCUGGCUAGUAUAUUCAUGAAGAACUCUUCAAUAGAAUGGCGUAUUUUUGAACAGAGAAUGAGGAAAGCAGUCAGACAAACUAAACAUGUACAGACAAGGCCUAAGGCGAGAAGUGUUUACAGAUAUCCUAGGUGUAGAGAAUGUAUGUGCAGGACAAUUUGA